UUUUCAAUAAGUUUGGUAUCCCCCAUCUCCUUAAUCACCAAGAAAUCAAAUUAAAACAUUUGCCUACAUAUGCUUCAACAUUGUCUUUCAUGAACAUUUACAUUUUUCAUUUCAUUAGCUCAAAAAUUUCUCCAAGAAAAAUAAAAAAAUGAGUGCUGAUUGGGGGCCGGUUGUUGUAGCAGUGGGGUUGUUUAUAUUAUUGUCACCAGGGCUAUUAUUUCAGCUACCAGCAAGAACAAGAGUUGUAGAAUUUGGGAACAUGAAUACAAGUGGGAUUGCUAUUCUCAUUCAUGCUGUAAUUUACUUUUGCAUUGUCACUAUUUUAGUUGUUGCUAUUGGUAUUCAUAUACAUGUUCAUUAAUUUACACUUUGCUUCUUCUUUCUUUUAA